GUGAAGCCUUCGCUCGUUCUGCAGAACCACUCUGGGGCUGGGAUUUGAAACUGCACCUGGAGAACGGAGAAAGGGCAGCGAUGAAAGGGUUAAAAAGAAUUAUCUGGGCUGCAGCUUUGGCGACGUUGCCUGGAGGGCACGAAACUGAAUUUGGUAGGAGGAUCUUUGUCUGGAACACGCCUUGGCAGUGCCCAGAUCUCUGAUCUAAGAGGCAACAAGGCACCGGCAGCGCUGGCAGGACUGCACUGAGCUGUGGCUGACCUGCGGCUCCUGGCUCUGGAUGCUGGGGAGGGUUUGUGAAGCUGGAGCAUUGCCUGGCUCAGGGUGUCCCUCAGGGUGCUGCCACGCCAGAGGGUGGCACUUGUGUGAGUCUAUGUGACUAAAACCAACCCAAGCCUCUUUUCCUAGCCGGACUUUCCUAGAGAGCAGAGGGGGCUAGCAGAGGAUGCGUGUGGGAGAUGAGUGGUGCCAAGGAUGACAGCCGCUGUCAGAGGGCAGUGCACAUUGUCACCGAGCUCUGCCGGAAGAAAAGCCUGCCCGGCUUGGACCUGGACACUUGCAGGGAGUUCCUCCUGCUGCCUUCUGACCAGAGCCUGAUUAUCUCCGAGCCAGAGCUCUCCAUCAGCCUCCUUGCAGUGAUAGUUAUUGUGUGUGGACUGGCCCUGGUGGCAGUUUUUCUCUUUCUCUUUUGGAAGCUGUGCUGGGUUCCCUGGAGGAACAAGGCCAUUUCUUCCACCCUGGCCGUCCUGCAGGGCGAGGCAGGCUGCAGCAAGGAGAACAUGGCAGACAAGCUGAAGGACGUGGGGGCUGUGAGCUUCCUGGAGGCAGCGGUGAAGAUCAGCCACACCUCCCCUGACAUCCCCGCAGAGGUCCAGAUGUCCAUGAAGGACCACAUCAUGCGGCGCACGCGGAUCCAGCGGCAGACGACGGAGCCUGCAUCCUCCACCAGGCACAUCUCCUUCAAGAGGCACCUUCCUCGGCAGAUGCACGUGUCCAGCGUGGACUACGGCAUGGAGGCGCCGGCGGUGGCUGAGCAGCCCACCAGCAUCGGGCGCAUCAAGCCUGAGCUCUACAAGCAAAAAUCUGUUGACUCCGAGGACCCUAAAAAAGAAGCAUCCAAAACUUGUGGGAAAAUCAACUUCACCCUCAAGUACGACUACGAGACGGAGACGCUGACUGUCCGAAUUCUCAGGGCUUUCGACCUGCCAGCCAAAGACUUCUGCGGCAGCUCCGAUCCCUACGUGAAGAUCUACCUCCUGCCGGACAGAAAGCGCAAGUUCCAGACGCGAGUCCACAGGAAGACUCUGAACCCCACCUUCGACGAGUCCUUCCACUUCCCUGUGCCCCACGAGGAGCUGGUGAGCAGGAAGCUCCACCUGAGCGUCUUUGACUUCGACAGGUUCUCCAGGCACGACAUGAUAGGAGAAGUGAUACUGGAGAACUUGUUUGAGGCCUCGGACCUCUCGCAGGAGACUUCCAUCUGGAAGGACAUUCAGUACGCAACGACAGAAAGCGUGGACCUGGGAGAGAUCAUGUUUUCCCUUUGUUAUUUGCCAACUGCAGGUCGCCUCACCUUAACAGUCAUUAAAUGCAGGAACCUCAAAGCUAUGGAUAUCACAGGUUACUCAGAUCCCUAUGUCAAAGUGUCUUUGCUCUGCGAUGGGCGAAGACUGAAAAAGAAGAAAACCACCAUAAAGAAGAACACACUGAACCCCACUUACAAUGAAGCAAUAAUCUUUGACAUCCCCCCAGAAAACAUGGACCAAGUCAGCCUGCUCAUCUCUGUCAUGGAUUACGACCGAGUAGGUCACAAUGAGAUCAUUGGGGUCUGCCGUGUGGGGGUCAAUGCUGAAGGACUGGGCAGAGACCACUGGAAUGAGAUGCUGGCAUACCCACGCAAGCCCAUCGCCCACUGGCAUCCCUUAGUGGAGGUGAAGAAGUCUCUCAAAGAGUGGCACGGCCGGGCAGCGAGCUUCGACAGCCAGGGCUCCUGUCCCUCGCCCAGACCACCACCCACGCCGUGAUCCGGGGCGCAGCCAGCAGGAGGGGACUAAACCAAGUUCGUUUUGCACUUGGCCCAGAGUCUCAGUGAUUUGUUGCUGAGUGGCAGCAGCAGCAGCCAGACUUUCCAGUCUGGUUGUUCUGCGUAAGUCAAGGCAGAAACCCAUUCUGUGGCCAGAUUUGUCUUUGCCUGAUUCGUCUCCAGAGGUGAUGUUUUGGGUUUAGUUUUUGGUUUGGGUUUGGUUUUCUUUUGGUGUUUUGCUUUUUUUUUUGGUGGCUUUUAUUGUGUGGUUCUGUUUCCAGGCAAAGAAAGUGGACUGAGACAAGGGCUGGAUGUUUGCUCUGUAAAAUAAUAUGUAACAUAGUUUUUAGUGUGUAUGAAGGCUGGGAAAGUGCCAAGACGCUCUGAAGGUCUGCAGGCAGAGCGGGCGGCAGCGAGGGGCUCAUGGACUGGCCCUGCUGCCCGCACCGGCGUGGAAGAGCUGCAGCAGAAGAUGCUUCUCCUGGCCUUCAGCAGCUCUGUUCUUGUGCUCAGCCCAGGGUCAGCAGUGUGCUCCCAGGUUUCUGUCCGUGUAGAGAUGUUGAUGAGCUGUUAGAAGUUUGUGCAGUGUGUACCCCAAAUUCCUUCGGUCAUAUAUAAAAAGUGCUGUCGGUUGCCUCGGGGGUGGGGGGAACCUGGGUUUUAUUCCCUGUAUUUGAAGUGUCCCUAGAGCUCCUUGCAUGAACAGUGUCUGAAGCCCCCUUUGUAGCUGCUGCUCCUUCGUUCUCCCUGCGCAUCACUGCCUUGUCCGAGUGGAGAGAACUCUGCUGCCACCAGAGGGGUGUGAAGAUAAAGGGGAGAGAAGCUACAGGAACAGGCAACAUCCUUGCAUGUACACUUAGAUCUUUGUUUCUUCCACCAUCCUGCUAGCAAAGGGUGAACAGAAGGGUAAAGAGAAAUAGAAAACCACAACCAAUACAAGCCCAAACCACUUCCAGACUUUUAUCUUCAGCAUUUCCUUAAUGAAAGUAAUUUCUAAGGUCCAAACUCUGGAGAAUGAUCAAGUUUUGGGGG